GCAACGCCACUACCGAAGGCAGGAGCCGCAAAGCAUUCAAAGUGCAAGGCACGGUGCGCGCGGGUGAGCGGUGUUGAGUGAGUGGUGCGUGCGUGCGUGCGUGCGUGCGUGCGUGCGUGCGUGCGUGCGUGCGUGCGUGCGUGCGUGCGUGCGUGCGUGCGUGCGUGCGUGCGUGCGUGCGUGCGUGUGUGUGUGUGUGUCUGUCUGUCUGUCUGUCUGUCUGUCUGUCCGCCUGUCUGUCUGUCUGUCUGUCUGUCUGUCUGUCGCCUGGUGGCGGAGGAGCCACCGCACGAGCGUCUGCCACUCGGCGCUGGCCGGGCCGCGGUCGAGGCCGCGGUCCAUGGCCGCGUGCCCCGGCGCGAGCCCGGCCGGCGACUCCGGCUCCGGCUCCACCGCCGCCGCCUCCUCCCACUCGUCGAGGGCGACGUGCAGCGCGGUGCGGCCGCGAGCGUCCGGCUCCUCGAGGUCGACGCCUCUCCACCUCUGCAGCGCCCGGAGGUCGCAGCGCGCGACGACCUCGUGCACCCUCUCGCGCCGGGCGGCGCUCCCGAGCAGCCCGACGAGGUAGUCGUUGAUCCGGUCCAUCCACGUGAAGAGAAAGAUGACGACCAUGACAUGCAUGUCCACCCACGCGUCGAACCAGGCGCGGAGCAGGCCAGGCCGCGACGCCGACCCGCUGUACCGAGCGCUGCUCAGCGUCGGCUGCGGCCGACUCCUGACGUCAGUCGAAUCAGCUGGAUGCGACAUGGGAGCGGAUGCU